ACUUUCAGAACUUCAACUUCUUCUUGUUCUAUCAUCUCUCGAACAAAGUGGAAUUUUACGUCUACGUUUCUGGUCCGAUUGUGUAACUAAGAAUUUUUUCGAUAAGUGUAUGGUGCUUUGAUUGUCACAAAAUAUUUUUUUUCUGUUUUCUAUUGUAUGCCCAUGUCGGAAAGUAAUCCUCUUAACCAUAGACCUUCUUUGAUUGCCCCUGAUAAUGCUAUGAACUCUGCUUCUAUUAUGGAUAGAGCUAUUACUGAUUGUAGUUUGCUUUCCAGGAAACAAUAGCCUGAUAGGGACCUCCAUUUGUUUAGAUCCCUGCAUAGUUAGAGUCCACAAACCCAUAUAGUUCAAGUUCUGAUUCAUUACAUCUCUGAUAAGUCUCUAGAUUCAUUGGAUGCCUUUAAGUAUCUCAGAAUCCAUUUUAUAGCUUCCCAAUGCCUCUUACCAGGGUUAGCCAUGUAUCUACUCACUAGUUUAGCUGCAUAUGACAAAUCCAGUCUAGUAGAAAUCAUUAAGUACAUUCGAUUGCCUGCUGCCUGACUGUAGGGAACUGAUGACAUUUGAUUUAGAUGUUCGAUGUCUGUAGCUUUAGGAGAAUUUGCUGCUGAGAGUUUGAAGUGUUGAGCAAGAGGUGUAGCCACCGGUUUGGCUUCACUUAAUUGUAACCUCUUGAUUACCAUCUCACAAUAAGCUUGCUGAUUUAUGAAUAGAAGUGACUGUUCCCUGUUUCUAGUAAUAUCAAUCCCAAGAAUCCUUUUAGACUCUCCCAAAUCCUUCAUGUCAAACUCUUUCUUUAGAAAUUUUUUUACAAGAUUUAGGUCUUCUUUAGAACUCCAGCUAACAUGUCAUUAACAUAUAGAAGUAGAUAGAUUUUGCCCCUGUAGGACUUAGCAUUCACAUACGCACAAUUGUCGUAUGAACUUCUCUUAAACCCAUUGCUUGCAAUAUAGGUCACUGUUUUAGUCCAUAAAUGGACUUAUUUAGCAAGCAAUAUAGGUCUUCUUUACUCUUUUCUUCAUAUCCCUUAGGUUGGACUAUGUAAAUGGUUUCUUCUAGAUGUCCAUGUUGGAAGGUUGUUUUAAUAUCUAGUUGAUCCAACUUUAAGUUGUUCUGAGUCACUUGGGAUAGCAAGAGUCUGAUUAAUGUUUGUUUGACCACUGGAGAAAAUGUUUCAAAAUAAUCUAUCCCCUCUCUCUGAGUGUAGCCUUUAGCUACUAACCUACUGCUUCCUCAAAAGAAGAUGAUUCAUCAUCUGUGUGAGCCACUGAUGAAUUCAAGACUAGGUUCAUAUAGUUUGUUUCAAUGUACCUAGCAUGAGGUACUAUAAUCCUUCUUUGUUUGUCUCUAGCAAGUGAGUAAUGACUCAAAUCAGUUUGAAAUUCUUCUAAUUCACCUUGUUCAAUUGUUUCUUCCUUUGAUAUUUUUGUUUCAAUUAGUGGAUUAGAACUCUAAGGCUAGUUUGUAACCUCAAUUUCAUUAGUCAUAGGCUUAGAAAUACCUUCCGACUUCUCUUGUUUCUGCAUAAACAUCUUAGAUUCUCUGAAUGUUACAUCUUUACGGUUAAUGAACCAUUUUUCAAUAGGAUGCCACAUUCUAAAACCCUUAACUCCAUUAGUGAAACCAAUAAACAUACAUUUCACAACUCUGGCUUUUAAUUUCCCCUGAUUCUGAUGAACAUACCCCACGCAACCAAAAAUCUUUAAUUUGUCUAGGUUAGGAGGGUAUUUGGUCCAUUUCUCUUCCGGUGUUAGGAAAAUUAAGGAAGUUUGAGCACCUGUUCAGUGUAUAGAUAGUGUAUGAAGCUACUUCAACCUAAAACUUCUCAUGUAGUAUUGCAUUAGAUAAUAGACAUCUAACCCUCUCCAUAAUAGUUCUGUUUAGUCUUCCUGUAAUACCAUUUUUUGGGGGGUGUGUCUAACAGUUCUAUGUCAUAAUGCCUUGUUCUCUGCAAUACUUAUUAAAGUCCUCACCCGAGAAUUCAAGGUCAUCUGUUCUUAGGUAAUUUACUUUCUUCAUGGUUUGAUUUUCAAUAAGUAUUUUCCACUUUUUAAACUUAUCAAACACUUGAUCCUUAGUCUUAAGAAAGUAAACCCAAUUUUUUCUAGAAUAAUCAUCAGGGAUAGUAAGUACCUUGAACCACUUAGAGAGGGAGUAGAGGCUGGUUCUCAAAGAUCUGGGUGGAUAUAGUCUAGAAUUCUCUUUGUGAUAUGCUGGAACUUGAUGAAAUUGUGCCAAGAAUACAAUACUCAUAGAAAGUGAGUUGUUCACUAAUGCCAUUAGGAAGUAGCCCUGUUUAGAUAGAGCUUGAAGUCCCUUUGCACUAAUAUGAGUCAACCUUUUGUGUCAUAUAUUUGAUAGACCCCUGAUCAAGAAGGUAUAUGUCCGGAAGAAGAAGAAGAAGCAAGGUGAAGGGCAAAAUAGACAAAAUGAUGUAAUGCAAAAUGAAUAGGGAUCUUGUGGGGACCAGGGAUCUUUUCUGUUAUUAUUCCAUUAGCAUUCUGUUAUUAAGUUGUUAGGCUGUAGAUAUAAAUAGGAAUAGGGAAGGUAAGGUUUAGGCAUCUUUUUCUUGUAUUGAAAAUAGCUCAGAGAGCUUGUAGAGGGGAGGAGAGCCUCGGCUCCCUUGGUUGAAAGCCUAAAGUGUGGAUAUGUAAUCCGAGUACUAUCACUCUGGUAUUAGAGCAACGGUCAUUGGGGAAUGGUGAAGAAGAUGGAAGCUCAAAUUUCUGCAAUCGAGGAACAACUGACCUUAUUGCAAGUAGGGAUGGAGGCUUGGAUGGAUCAGAGGUUUACGGAAAUGAAACAGGUAACGAACAAUGUGAUGACAACAUGCUUAGAAACGUGGGGUGAAACGAUGGAGCAAAAGAUGUUGCUCGCGCUCGAAACAUGGUCAAAGAGAAGGGAUUUUGCAAGGAAGGGGGAGGACACCAACUCAUCUGAGCGGACAGUAACGAACAAAGGGAAACAACUGGAGGGUGAGGGGAGCAAUAAGAAAGAAAGCUUGGUGUGUAAAGAAAAGGUGGAGGUACCUCUAUUCGAUAUGCAUUUGCAGAAGCUCGAAAUUCCAUUUUCAAAAGGAGAAUUGGGAGACGACCCACUCGGAUGGUUCCAUAGGGUGGAACGCUACUUCGUGGUCACUAAUGGGAAGAAGAGCGAAUGCCAAUGGAAAGUUGGGCUGAUUUCAAAGAGCAAAUGCUCUUGCACUUCUUGUCGGCCAAAGAGGAAGACCGUCGAGCUCAGUUCUUGAACCUCAAGAAGGAUGGGACGGUGAGAUCAUACUGAUGUCGGUUUGAGCAUCUUUCAGGGCCAUUGAAAGAUUUAUCGGACGAGACACUGGAAAGUAAGUUCGUUAGUGGGUUGAAGGAAGAUAUUCAAGUGGAAAUGCGAAUGUUUAAGUUAGUGGGUAUUAAAGAAAAAUUGGGAACGGCCCAGCUGAUUGAGGACACUGAAGAAGCCCAUAAGAGGAAGUGGGGAAGCAGAAGCCCAAACCCAAGCCAGUCAGUCCAGACAACCGGGUCUACCAUAACCCUGGGUACGGGUUCAACAUCGGGUCAAGGUAACGUAAAUAAUAUCCCCACGGCCCGUACGAUUUCUCUCAACCCUAGCCGUAGCUCGAUAACUUCUUCAAAUUCAGUGACACUGCGAGAUGUGAACGGCAAGGCACUUUCGGUCGGCAACUACAAGCGACUCUCUGAUAGUGAUAUGCAAAGCCGCGGAGACAAGGGGCUAUGUUAUCGGUGUGAUGAACGGUACAGCCCAGGCCACCGUUGCAAGAAGGAGCUGAAUUUGCUAAUCCAUCCUGAUGAAGAGGAAGAAGAGGCUGUAGUUGAAAAAGGUGUGGAAUUGGAGAAUGUUGAAGGAAUUACCCCGGCUAUGCUAGAGAACAUGGAACACCACCCGACGAUAUUACACCCAACUGAAGCCGAGAUUGCUGAACUAUCCAUUGAAGACGAGAUUGCUGAACUAUCCACUGAAGAUGAGAUUGUUGAAUUAUCCUUAAAUUCUUUUGCUGGAAUUGACUCUCCAAAGACAGUGAAACUGAUGGGCACGGUAGGGGAUAACAAUGUAGUAGUGUUGAUUGACAGUGGAGCAACCCACAACUUCAUUGAUGAUCAAUUGGUUAGUACACUCAACCUUCCUUGCUCACCCACCUCUAGUUGCGGAAUUAUGCUUGGCACAGGGAAAUCGGUUCGGACCAAUGGCAUCUGUAAAGGUGUAGUCCUUAAUCUCCCUAAUUUAACUAUUAUUAACGAUUUUUUUCCCAUACCUCUGGGAAGUGCCGAUGUGGUAAUGGGUGUUCAGUGGCUCAUGACCCUCGGGCAAGUGGAAUGUGACUGGAGCACAUCGAAGAUGGACUUCCAAGUGGGAGAACGGCGGGUACACUUGAAAGCGGACCGGAGUCUGGUGAAGUCUCAAAUCUCCUUGAAGUCCAUGAUGAAACACAUGAUGAAGGCAGGCUAGGGAAUCCUCCUUGAAUUGAAUGCUGUAGGAAUCCUACAAGAAGACGAGUCCCUCUACUGUAAAAUGGCCAGUGGAUGCCCCAAAAUUCAGGAAGUCUUACAACAAUAUCAGUCUGUGUUCAGACCAAUGGAGGGGCUGCCACCGUUAAGGUGCCACGACCACACGAUUGAAUUAAAAUCAGAAGAGGGACCGAUCAACGUGCGUCCAUAUAGGUAUCCACAAUUUCAAAAGGAUGAGAUUGAACGGCUAGUAACAGAAAUGUUGACAGCAGGCAUCAUACAACCAGGUACCAGUCCUUUUUUCAGCCCGGUUUUGUUGGUAAGAAAGAAGGAUGGCAGCUGGAGGUUCUGCGUGGAUUACUACCCCAUUCCGGUUGUGGAUGAACUCCUUGAUGAAUUGACCGGGGCAGUAAUAUUUUCCAAGAUUGACCUUAAAUCUGGAUAUCAUCAAAUACGAGUCGCACAAGACAUCCACAAGACGGUCUUCAGAAUGCACGAGGGGCACUACAAAUUUGUUUCAAUUAUUUAGGCUGCCCAGUUUACUAAAAUAAUUGUAUCAAAUUUCUUCAGUCAUGAAAAAAUAAUCAUACUCAAGUUGCUAAAAGAUUAAAAACAGAAAAUUCUUCAGUUGAUCUUCCCUUCUGCCACUGCCGAGAAAUAGUUAUAAAAAAAAUAUAAAAUUUCCUUUGCGAUUUAUAUUUUAUUCCUUGUACAGAAGAUGAGCCCAUAGUUUGCCAUUCAAAUGGUAGCCCCAAGUUUGUUCCCAAGUCUUUUGAAUAUGAUAAUGAUGCUCUCAAUUCUGGUGGGAUGAAGCUAGAAGAUCAAAGGUGUUGUGAUUGUUUUGCCAUUGGGGAUGUAUUGUCCUGGGUCUCGUUCUUGUUAAAGCUGCUUUAGCAACCUUGCGGAUGUAAAUAUUGUUAUAGUAGACUUUUCUAUAAUAAUAGUUUUUCUAUCUAUUUUGACUCUGUCCAAAAAAGCACUCCAUAUUUCAUCUAUUGUUCUUGUAGGUUCUUGAAUAUAUGUAUCGGAAGAGUUUUGUAGGGGAAUGAGAAUAAUCAAAAUGCUUGAAAUUGUAAGCUUCCAUUAUGUUGGUUGGUCUGUUUGUUGAGAGGGGAAUGCUUUGGCAUUAUUAGAAUUUAAGAGCAUUGUACCUCUUUCGAGAAGACACUUGCUUCCUUAGUUUAUACUCCUACCAAGUUUAUUUUGUGUAUUAUAA